AUGAAAUUGACAAAAGAAUGUAGUGCAAUCCUUCAAAGAAAAUUACCCCAGAAAGUGAAAGAUCCGGGUAGCUUCACCAUCCCUUGCAUCAUUGGUGGUUCUUCAUUUGACAAAGAUCUUUGUGACCUUGGAGCUAGUAUCAACCUUAUGCCUCUCUCGGUGUUCAAGAAGUUGGGGUUAGGAGAAGUAAAGCCCACAACCAUUACUCUUCAGUUAGCAGACCACUCACUCACCUACCCAAGAGGAAUAAUUGAAGAUGUAUUGGUAAAGGUAGACAAAUUUAUACUUCCACCGGAUUUCGUGGUUUUGGAUAUGGAAGAGGACCAAGAAAUUUUGAUUAUACUUGGUCGCCCUUUCUUGGUGACCAGACGGGCACUUAUCGAUGUUUAA